UUAAUACCUGGAAAAAAAUCUAAUAAAAUAAACAUAUACAUAACCAACUCAUUCAACCUCUUCUUUUCCAUUUUCCCUGCCAACUUAUUCGCCUCAAUUCAAAAAUCUAGACCUAAAAACAAAAUCACAAAAUUCCCAAAACAAAAUCCUCUGUUUCAUUUUUUUUUUUAUUUUACUUCUUACUAUGCCCGCAAAAGGGCUUGUUAAUCCAAAUCCCCAUAUUGUUAUUUCCAACAACAAUGGCUUCCGGUUACCCCAAAAACUACAGUAUGUUCUCUGAAAAUGAAGGUGGCCUUAAGCCGCCGCCGUACCGCCGGAACAUCCCUCGGUACCAGUCUUACAACAACAGCAAGAAAUCUAGCUCAAGCUGUUGUUUUCGGUGCAUAGGCUGCUUCUAUUGCUGCCUAUUUCUCCUGGUUUUUCUCUCUGCCAUCCUCACUUUCUACCUCUACACAAUGUACAGGCCUCAGGUCCCAAACUACGGCGUCAACAACUUUUCCGUCAACACCUUCAAUGUCAUGAAGGACUUCAGCCUCGAAGCCGAGUUCGUGGUCGUCGUGAAAGCCGACAACCCGAACGAGCAUAUCGGUUUCAUCUACGGCAAGGAAAGCUACGUUAUUGUAACGUAUUCGAAUUCGGAACUCUGCUCGGGGAAGCUGCCGGCGUUUCACCAGCCGGUGAAGAACACGACUCUGAUGAGUGUGGUGUUGAAAGGGAAGAGCGAGUUCGGGUCGGGGAUGCAGGAGGUGCUCAUGGAUAACCGACACACCGGGAAGAUUCCUCUGUUUGUGAAGGUUAAGGUGCCUGUGAGUGUGGUGUUGGGGAGUCUUCCGUUGAGACAGGUUGUGGUUUUUGUCAACUGUUCUUUGGUGGUUGAUAACUUGCAACCCAACAAGAAAGCAAGGAUUUUGUCCAGUAAAUACAGUUACAAUGUCGAGUUUUGAAUAUUAUUUGGUAAUGAUGGUGAUGAUGAAGAUUUUGAUUAGGGGAAAGAAAAUAUAUAAAUUUAGGUUAGUUUUUGUGAUUGAUGCAUGCAAAUCUAUUCUUUUGUUAUAUAUUGCAAUUAAAGAAAAGAAGGAGAAAAAAAAAAGAAGCAAAUACAUGGAGAUUUUUUUUUUU